AGCUACUAAAAUAGUUUAUGGGUUUAUCAAAAGGGGGGUUCCUAAAAAAAUAUAUAUAUUAUUUGUAGCGCAUACUCGAAACUUGUUAAAUCAUUCAUAAUACUGAGUCAGUUACUAAAAAUAGUGUGUUGGUUUCUACUAACGGGGAUUCUUCAAAAAAUAUUUCCUUAUUUGUAGCGCAUACUCGAAACUUGUUAAAUCAUUCAUAAUACUGGGUCAGUUACUAAAAAUAGUGUGUUGGUUUCUACUAACGGGGAUUCUUCAAAAAAUAUUUCCUUAUUUGUAGCGCGGCCUUGUCCCUUGUUAGAGCCAGAAGGCGCCUCAACAUCGGUGAAAGACGGUCGUGUAUUUGUGUUAUAAAGUAAUCGAUCACGCCCAUUACGUCAUCAAUAUGUCUGAUCAAGUAUAAAAUGAAAACAAAAAUUAACAGUAGCCUAAAGUUGAGGGAAACACUAUAUGGUACCGGUAAUUAAUAUACUCCAGAAAGCUGCCAUCGAAAAAUGAGAAAAUUUUCCUCGACCCGUGACAUUUUUACUGGCUAUCCGCCUCGUUGAACCGUGUACGAUACUUGACACUGGCGGGGAUAAUUUGUUUAUUGAUGGUUCUGUUCAAACAAAUAAUUAUACGUUGACUAAUUAUACCGGAAUUUGAACGUUUUCACCUGGAUUAUUUAUUGUUGAUAAUAUCGUGAAGUGCAACCCCGGAAGAUAACUCCAUACAUACAUGGUUAACCAAAAACAUUAUAUAAUACUAUAUAAAUUCCCAACAAAGGGGAAGUGAAGAAACUUGGUGUAUAGUUUCAUUAUAUCAAUACCUUGACUAAGUUCGAUAAUGAGUAUUUUCGAUUUAAGCAACUCCAUAAAGAUAAACUCGGUGUUGAUGUUGAUGUUAGUGGGUCACGUGAAAACAUCUAUGUUACCAGAUUCUUUAUUCGAAUGGAAAAAUACAACAAAUCCUGUGAUCAAUACUAUACGUAAAAGAAUUGCCCUGGAGUGGAUAUAUCAAUCUAAAGUACCUGUCAACAGCAUGGUCUUUACACGCUUUAGAAACAGCUCUGACAUUAAAGUUCCUGUUGGAAAAUGGACAAGGGAAGAAGGAUUUAAACCGGAUCUCUUCAUAUCAACUGUAUUGACCCUUAUUACAGUUCCCAUAAAUGGAACGAAGGAGACCAAAGUAUCUUUAAUACUAGAAAAUCCUAUCCAUAUAGACUACGACCGCCAGUACAACUGUCAGGUGAACGUCGGCGAUCCAGUACAAAGGGAUAGUUUUUCAAUUGAAUUAAGAGCGCUGAGACCAAACUGGACACAUUCUGAAGAUGAAACAUAUGCUACCUUGGAAGAUGUUACAUUUAUGUGGGAAUACAAGUAUCCUUAUCAAGCAGUUGCCGUGUUUAUAAGACGCGAAAAUAGCAAUGGAAGUGAACAGGUUGAGGUAGGAUAUUGGUACCAGAGGAAAUUUAAUGAUCUGGAUCAGUUUAUCAAUAGAGUGAUGCUUACAAAAACAACAAAUAAAGAUAAAACUGGUGAGGAGAUCAGUCUAACAUUGAUAAACGUCUCAGUAGAUGAUUUUGGGUGGCAGUAUGUCUGUCAGUUAACACUGGGUGAUGGGGAGCAACUAUUAACAAGAACACUAUUAAAAGCAGAAGUGGAGCGAAUUACUGUAACGCCUAGAACAGAUUCACGAGCAUCCACAGCUACCAGAUCACCAGUUGGUUACAGUACAAUUAUAGUUGUUAUUGUCACAUCUAUUAUCUCUCAUAUCUCACAGUACUAAUGCAGUAUAUUCAAUCACAAUGUGAAGCUAUCAUUGUCGUGGAAUGUUAGAACAGAAAAUAAAGACACAAACCAGACGACCAAGGACUGUUCCAUGAUAUGUAGCUUGAAAAGGGAGCAUGGGUCAAUAUGCUGGAUGUGGCGACCGGUUCUGGAGUAUAUCCGCUUUCCACGUCUGACAGACGAUCCAUGGUACUACACCUUCCGUAGAGGGUCCACAACCAUCGUAUUACAUACUUUUACACUAUCUGCGUACAGGGAGCGGCCAUUUAGUCCGGUAGUUUUGGUCCCGUUUUCACAAAAUUCGAACUCAACCAUUUUUGUGGUGUAACAGUGAUACAGGAGGGAGUUUGUCGGGUCCCGUUAAGGAAAUUUAACAGGCGACAAUGCACGAUGCCAUCAUCCUAUCCAAAUUACGUAGGCAUACAUACAUACACACUGAUAUUUUUUAUGAAUUAAUAGUUUCACAUUUUGAUUCAAUUUCAUUGAUACAAAGCAUUAAUUGUGAUAUCACCCAUGUCUAUAUCAUUAUCCCACGCUUUGAAUGCCAAUCCCAUCCCACCAUCUGAUGAUAAAGGAUAAAGCACACAACCGUUACACUUUUAUCAUAAAAAGUGUUGUUUUACAUUUGUAUCAUGAAGCUGAGCAGGGGGAGGGGGGAGCCGCCCCUCUGGAUCCAUCCCUGAAGUCAUAAAAAUGUUAACAAAGUGUAUUCAAUGCAAAAAUAGCUGAACACAUAAGCAGUUUCAAGGAAAUUUGAUGCCGUAUUUACUAUUUCCAUGUAGACCCUAAAUAUUUAAUCCAGAUGAUGUUUGGGAUGGUACUCCAUACAAAAAAUCUAAAAGAAGUCCUUUAAAAAAUAAAUGGAGGAUAUUAGAAAAAUAAAAUAGUUUGAUUAUAUGGACUUGGUAUGCUAAAACAAAGAUGGUUUUCAAAAUUUGAAGUAUUGUUGGUUGUAAUGUAUAUAUUCAGGCAUCUCUGUGAUACUUCGUGAUUUCCAAUUUGUGGUGCUUACCACGUAGCUGUGCAGCGCUGAAUAGUAUAUUUGCUUCAUUUUUUCCAAAGUUACAAAUUCCAAAGUCAUUUUUUUACAUUUUCAUCUAUUUUGGGUUGUUCAGUACAGUAUCAUCUCAAGAACGUUUAGAUACCAAAAUACAGGCGCUAAAGCUGUUGUGAAUGUCUUUUUGACCCCCCCCCCCCACACACACACACACACACACACACAUUUCAGGUGUUGUGACAAUUUUGUUCACUCCACCAGAUUCAGAUUCAGACGGGCUUGAGGAGGUGGUGAUGAUGAACAAUCCUCGCUUGAACAAUUUCUCCAUUCAACGCGCAUGCUGCAGAACCACAAUAACAAAGAUAAAGAUACUUUGUACUCACAACAAUCUCCCGUAUCGUUGAUUUCUUAUUACAUGUGUAUAAAUCAAAAACAGAACAGACACUAAAACCGCACUUUGCGAUACUCCAGGAUUUCCAUAGACAAUAAAGACACAUGUUAAUUUGAGCCACACAAUAAAAAGAAAAUCAACACAGAAACAUUCUAUGUAGGCUUUAACAGAUUCAUGUCAUAUUUUACUUGUUGGCGACACAGAUCUAUGAGUUAAAAAGUCCGUGUAGGAUGACGUAAUCAUUCAGAAGGCAAUAAACAAUUCACUAUGUAUUUGUCUAUAUUCAUCAAAUACCGCUUCUGUUUUUUAUAAUGGAAUUUAGUAUGGAUAGUAGAAACCAUGUGGUCGCAUUCUAUAGUACAUACAAAUAUUUUCACUACAUAUUAUUAUAUAUGAGCCAUGGGAGACCAAGUUACAUGCGUCUAACCUCUUCCACCAUAUUUAUAAAUUCGAUUGUAAAGACAAACUUUUUAAUGCCAAAGCAUCGGUAUAUAGCCGGGAGUAUUUUUUAAUAUAAUGUAAAGCAUCAUUAUAUAUUUGGGGGAAUUUUUAAUAUAAUGUAAAACAUCUUGAUAUAUUUGGGAGUAUUUUUAAAAUGUAAAAAAUCAAUGGAGAUACAGUCACUUUAAAAGAUUAGGGUAGCGUAACUCGCGUGCGUUCUCUAAACAUUAUAAAUUCCUAGAAAAACAACUGUGAAUAUUACUACUUUCCGUGAAAUUCAUAUUCUCCAGAAAUUUUAAUAUACACAAAGAACGUUUGUCAGUAUCUUUCUAUGGGAUAUUAAUAUAACUGCUUUCCAAUAAACUUCAUUUU